AUGGCUCAGGACAGCAGACUUAGGGAGCUGCUGUGGAACACGCUGAUGGAGCUGGGGGAGGAGGACUUCGCGUCCUUCAGGUUCCACACGGACCUGCCUGAAAGCGAGCGUGAAAACACCAGCCGUGAGUACAUUGCUGGAAAGCUCUUGAGUAAGCACGGUGACAACACUCUGGGUGAAACCGUCAAGAUUCUGGAGAAGAUCUGGAACAAAGAUUUGGCCCAGAAGCUGCACAGCAACAUGCUGAACAUAAAAGGUGCCGUCUUCUCCGUCCAUGAUGAUAAUCAGAUUAACCGAUUGAAGGGGAAGCUUCAAGAACACUUGAAGGGUUUAUACAGCUUUGCAUCUGAGGGCACCACCGAGCGCUGGAAGCAGCAGCCUCUGGCGGACGUCUACACGGAGCUGGACGUCACCUACGGGGCCGACGUCAUCCCCGACGAGCGGCACGAGGUCCUUCAGAUGGAGACCAGUGCCACUGCGGCAAAGGAGUCUAUCCUGCCAUGCGGCAUCUUCAAAAGACCUGACGGGAACCGGCGACCGAUACGCACGAUGCUCACCGUCGGCUUUGCGGGAAUAGGAAAAACCUUCCUGAUUCAAAAGUUUGUGUCGGGCUGGGCCAGCGGUAGUAGCAACCAGGACGUGGACUUCAUAUUUCCUUUCACCUUCCGCGAGUUAAACAUGGACAAAGGGAAAAGGUUUACGCUGGCCGAGUUAAUACGAUGUUAUAUCUGCAGAAACAGGCACAUGAGCAAGGAGAUACUGAACAAUAUAUUUGCCGACCUGCAGAUGUCUGACAAGCAGGACUACGACAGCAGCAGGAUCAAGAUCUUGUUUAUCCUCGACGGACUGGACGAGUGCAACUUCAAAAUCGACUUGAAGAAUACGGGGAAAGUGGACAUGGACGUGAGGGAAGCCUACCCGCUGGAGGUACUGCUGGCGUAUCUCAUCAAUGGGAACCUGCUUCCGUGCGCCAGGGUUUGGAUCACCACGCGGCCCGCGGCGGCCCGCGAUAUCCCCUCCGACCUCAUCGACAGCAGAACAGAGGUGAGAGGAUUCAGCGAUUCCCGGAGGCUGGAAUACUUCAGGAAAAGGUUCCCAAAUGAGGAGCGCGUCAUUGAUCACAUUCGGAAAUCUCGAAAUAUCUUCAUCAUGUGCCACAUUCCAAUCUUCUGCUGGCUCACCGCCAGAGUUCUUCAGCAUCAUUUGGACAAAGGGAAGAAGGGAGAGCUUCCCACAACGCUGACUAACAUGUACUCAGCGUUAAUAGGUCACCUACUGGAAAACUCCAAGGAGAGAAAUACAAAUAAGUACAUCCUUGACGUGAAAGCACUCGCAAAGCUGGCCUUUGACCACACCAUGAAGAACUGUCAGAUCUUCUACGAGAAAGACCUGGUGGACAGCGGUUUUGAUUACAGCCAAGCUGCAAAACACUCCGGAAUAUUCACUGAGGUCUUUAAGGAGGUCCCUCCGCUCAAGAGAAACAAACAGAAGAUGUUUCAGUUCGUUCAUCUAACCAUCCAGGAGUAUCUGGCCGCACUGUACGUCAUGAUGAGCCUCUUCCAUGACAAAAAGAACGUACUGGAUGAUUCAGGUUGGUUACUGAAAAAAGUGGCUGAGCUUUUUAAGCAGACCACAAUCACUGAGGUCCACCAGUCAGCUCUGCAGAAAGCUUCAGAGAGUGAAGGAAAAUUGGACAUGUUCCUUCGCUUCCUCUUUGGCCUUUCCUUGCCAUGCAACCAGGAACUAGUGGAGGAACUGCUGAAGGCUCCUCAGGCCUGCGGUCAAAGCAAGUCAAAGACAGUCGAGUUGAUCAUGGAAAGGAUCAAACAGAACACUCCAGAAAAGAAUGUCAACUUGUUCUACUGCCUAAAUGAGCUGAAGGACGACUCCUUGCUGAAGCAGAUCCAGCAGGAAUUAGCUUCAAGACGUCUGUCCUGGGGUCAAAUGUCAAAUGACAUGUGGUCGGCCCUGGCCUUUUUCUUACUGACAGACGAUGAAACCAUGAAGUCCUUUAAUCUUGCCAGCUACUCCCGAUCGCGUUUGGGGCUCAAAAAGCUGCUGUUGGUGGUCAAGGCUUCUCAAACAUCAGAUCUAAGUAAAUGUUGGCUUGACAAAGGCAGCUGUCACCUGCUGGCUUCCGUUCUCAGUUCUCCAUCCAAUCUGAGGCAUCUGGACCUGAGCUCCAACUACGACGUGUCGGACGAGGAAGUCGAGAUCCUCUCAAAAGGACUGGCUAGCCCACACUGCAACUUAGAAGUCCUCACGCUGUCAAGGUGCAGCAUCACAAAGAAAGGAUGUAUUUCAUUGGCUGAGGCUCUCAAGGUAACCCCCUCCCAUCUUCUAGAGCUAGACCUGAGGUGGAACAAUCUGUCCGAUGAAGGGGUUGAGAUCCUCUCGAAAGGACUGGCCAGCCCAAACUGCAUCUUAAAAGUCCUCAAGCUGUCAUUGUGCAGCAUCACGAAGAAAGGAUGUGUUUCAUUGGCUGAGGCACUGAAGCUAACCUCCUCCCACCUUCAAGAGCUGGACCUGACCGGGAACAAUCUUUUGGAUGAAGGGGUUGAGAUCCUCUCGAAAGGACUGGCCAGCCCACACUGCAUCUUAAAAGUCCUCAAGCUGUUCCGCUGCAGAAUCACCAGUAAAGGAUGUGUUUCAUUGGCUGAGGCACUCAAGUUAAACCCCUCCCAUCUUCAAGAGCUGGACCUGACCAGGAACGAUCUGUCAGAUGAAGGGGUUGAGAUCCUCUCGAAAGGACUGGCCAGCCCACACUGCAUCUUAAAAAUCCUCAAGCUGGAUGAGUGCAAGAUCACACAGCAAGGAUGUGUUUCAUUGGCUGAGGCACUGAAGGUAACCCCCUCCCAUCUUCAAGAGCUGGACAUGAGCGACAACAAUCUGUCGGAUGAAGGGCUUGAGAUCCUCUCGAAAGGACUGGCCAGCCCACACUGCAUCUUAAAGGUCCUCAAGCUGUCAGAGUGCGGGAUCGCAGAUAAAGGAUGCAUUUCAUUGGCCAAGGCUCUCAAGUUAAACCCCUCCCAUCUUCAAGAGUUGAAUCUCAGGGACAAUCGAAUAGAGGAAAAAGGAAAGAGGGUCUUAUUGGACAUCAAGGAGGAUCCCAGCUAUAGCCUGAAGACUGUCAAAUUUGAAUGGUUUGACGGAAUGAUUCCGUAA